UGCAAGCAGGCGACGCGUUGAGUGAAUUAAUAAAGCAGGAGACCCGUUCAAUCGCCUUCUCUCUCAGAAUCGCCGGUAGCUCAUCGGCCGAUGAAGCAUUCCGCCGCCGCGGCGCUCGGCCACGGCCACGGCCAAGGCAGGAGGCGCAGCCUCUCUUCCCACGUGUUGGUUUUCUCCCUCGUCGUUUUCGUCUUCGUCCUCUACAGCGAGGACUUCUCCUGCAUCCUCAUCCGCCCCUUCCACCGUCGCUACCGCACCGAGCAGCAAGUUGACGCGGAAGCGCGAGUUGCAGACAAGGACGGCGCAGCGGAAUGCGACGUGUUCGCGGGGGAGUGGGUGUACGAGCCGGCGGCGCGGCCGCUGUACGCGGAGGAGGAGUGCCCCUACAUACAGCCGCAGCUCACCUGCCAGGCGCAUGGCAGGCCGGACUCCGGCUACCAGCACUGGCGCUGGCAGCCGCGCGCCUGCUCUUUGCCCAGGUUCAACGCGACCUUCAUGCUGGAGAAGCUCCGCGGCAAGCGGCUGAUGUUCGUCGGCGACUCCCUGAACAGGGGUCAAUUCACGUCGAUGGUCUGCCUCCUCCACCGGGCCAUCCCCGACGCCGCCAAAUCCAUGCAGACCUUCGGCUCCCUUACCGUCUUCAAAGCCAAGGACUACGACGCGAGCAUCGAGUUCUACUGGGCGCCGUUCCUGGUCGAGUCCAACUCCGACGACGCGGUGGUUCACCGAAUCACGGACCGGAUCGUCCGCGUCGGCUCCAUCAUGAAGCACGCUCGAUACUGGAAGGGAGCGGACAUCGUCGUCUUCAACACCUACCUGUGGUGGAUGGCCGGCCGCAAGAUGAAGAUCCUGCGAGGGCCAUUUGGGCGCGAGACGAAGAACAUAACGGAGAUGGCGACGGAGGACGCUUACCGGCUGGCCUUGAGGAGAACGGUGAAGUGGGUCGAGGAAAGCAUGGACGCUCGGCGCAACCGAGUCGUCUUCGUCACCAUGUCGCCGUCUCACCCGAGAGGAAUGGCGCUCUGCAGUAGCAAGGAAUGGGGCGGCGAUCCCGCCGGGAACUGCUACAACGAGACGGCGCCCAUCGGGGAGGCUGGCUACUGGGGCUCCGGCACCAGCAAGUCCAUGAUGCGGGUCGCCGGCGACGUGCUCCGGCGGUCGAGAGUGCCGGUGACGCUGCUGAACAUCACGCAGCUGUCGGAGUACCGGAAGGACGCGCACACGCAGAUCUACAAGAAGCAGUGGGGCCCGCUGUCGCGGGCGCAGCUCGCUGACCCUCAGAGCUACGCCGACUGCAUCCACUGGUGCCUGCCGGGGCUCCCAGAUACGUGGAACGAGCUGCUGUAUGCCAAAAUCUUCUUCUCAAUGCCGAAAUCUCAACCCAGAGCAUUUGCUGUAUGAUCGACGACGAUUUUCAGACAACUUUCUCAGAUUUCUGCUCUUGUCGGUGACAAGAUCCAGUCAUGAUCGAUCAAAUCUGACGAAAUUUAGCAAAUGUCUGAUUCAAAUGUGAGGUCACACCAAACAUCUCGAUCAUCGCAUUCAAAACCUUUGUAAUGUCCACCAAUCAGAUGGAGUGGCCCCAAAUGCCCAUUGAGUAGCUUCCUUAAAUUUCUCA